UUUCACUCCAAGAAUCGCCGGUGGCUCCUCCUUCUCCUCCCGUGCUCCAUCGCGCCAGAGCGCCAGUGAUUAGAUCUGGGCGCAGCAGUGAACAGCAAGAAUGGGACCGGGGCGGCCGCGCCCACGCGAUUCGAUCCCCGGACCUCUUUACGUGGCGGCAAGGAAUCGAACCGCCGACUUCCACGGUGCCCUAGAAUUUCUAAAUUCUAGGGUUUAUCGUUCCUCGAUGAAGAGAGGGCACGUGAUCGUCCAAGACGAGGAUAGGAGGAAGAAGAAGAAGAACGCGAUCCAGAAGGUAAAUCCUUGUGAUCCAGAGCCGCUGCUAAGCGGCGAUCCGGCGGCAGCGCAAUCGAAGAACUCGUCCGCGAGAGGAUUCUACUGCAUUGCGCCUGGCGAUCAGCGCUUCGGGCUCCUUGCUACAUUCUUGAAGAAGAAUCUCAAGAAGAAGAUUGUCGUCAUCUUCUCAACUUAUCGCUCGCUACUGUUCCACAACCAAGUCCUUAUCGCGCUGGGUAUACCAAACCUCUCCAUUCACGAAAAGCUAGACGAUGCCAAAGCGCGCAGCACUAUCGACCAAUUCCGGGAUGCCGACAGGGGUUUGCUACUUACCACGGAUGCUGUCUUCUACGGUUUGAUCAUCCCUCCAGUGGACUGGAUUCUGCAAUUUGAGCCUCCGGAUGACGUAGAGAAGUACAAGCAGCGACCGGGACAGCAACAAGGGGGCAAUAAUAGAGGCCUGCUCUUCCUCCUCCCGCAGGAGAUCAGUUUCCUUAAAGGUGUCCGGGAUAGCGAUUCUUUUCUUCAGUGCGAGUUCUCCGAUAUCAAAACCGGGAUUUUGCAGUCGCAGAUGGAGAAGCUGGUACAGAAGAACUUUCGCAUACACCAGCUCUCGACCGAAGGAUACAGAUCUUACUUCCACGCCUACGCAUCAAAUCCUCACAAAGCGAUCUUCAACGUGAAAAACCUUGAUCCACAGGCCUCCUCAGCAUCGUUUGGAAUUAAAAGACCACCCAAGAUUCUUGUUUGAUCUUAUCAAGAAAAGAUGGUGGCAACGUUUUGUUUCAUACCAAAGCUGUUUCUUGGAUAUCAUAGUUUUGUUUCAUGGAGACAGAUGGAGAGAUGAUACCAAAGUUAUGUUUCUUGGAAAAAGAUGGUACCAUAGUUUGUUUUCAUGAAAGUUUUGUUUCAUGGAGAGAUGGUACCAACAUUUUGUUUCA